GCCGUGCUUUCAUUUGUUGUUUAGAUCCGCACCAUGUGCGCGCGUGUACCCGGCACAUUGCAAAAGAUUCAGUGAAUGGUGUUUGCUUUACGAAUAAUUCUUUCAACAAGUGUACACAAUGAAGAACAAACCGCAAAAGCACAAAACUUCCAACGCGUUUCACUUUAAAUCGUUUCGCGAGCGUAUCGAUGAAAUCGACGUGCGCCGUGGAGCGCUGUACCGGGUGGAGACGGACUAUGAGUUGCCGGAAAGCGAGGACGGUACCUUCUUCCAGCAGGCGCUGGUAAAGUGGUCGACACACAAUCUAACCGACGAGUACGUUACCUAUCAGCGAGGCUUUAAGGAAACGGCCACAUUGCCCCUGCUGCUGUUUAACAAGGAAGCGAUCGUGAAGCAUCUCACCAACUGUCUGACAAAAGCGACCGACGAUGCGUUGCAACCGUUGCUGGAGCUGGUGGUGGCACUGGCGAAGGAUAUGCGGAAAGAGUUUCGACCGUACUUUGCCGGGCUGUUCGAGGUGGUGGUACAGUUUCUGCACUCCGACAGUGCGGAUCGCGUCGAGUGGACGCUGCUGUGUUUGGCGCAUUUGUUCAAAAUUCUCCGCAGCUUCCUGCGCAGCGAUUUCUCGCUCACCUUCCACCGGUUGCUGCCGUUGCUGGACGAAACGAGCAGCCCGCCGCACGCCAUCGACUUUGCGACGGAAUGUCUCGGCUAUUUGGUGCGCGAUCUCAAGGAUAAGGAACCGUUCGUGCGCUUGAUGCUGAAGUGCCAAAUGCAGAACCGUGCGUAUACGUACGCGUGCGGAAAGCUGCUGUUCGAGGUGCUGCACGGUGUGCAGGACCAGUUCCACCAGACGGCAAAGCAAACAAUGCAGCAUCUGUACGGCAUUCUGCAGCAGCUCGAUGAGCCCGAAGCGGACAAUUUGCAGGACAUACUUACCCAGACGAUUACCGAUGUGGUGGGCCGUAUCCAGGCGGCGGAUAUGCCCAUCUUCUGGGACACGGUGCGCGGUACCAUCGACGGAUGUUUGGCGGCGUUCGAUGCACAGCGCGAUGGUUCCGAUGAGGAAAAAGUCGUAAAAUACUUGACACGUUUACUGCAGCUGAGUGGAAUCGUUUUGGAGCAUCAGUACGGCCGGUUGCUCGGUGACGCACUGUCGGUCACCGUAUCACAGCUGAUCCGUUUGCUGUCUACGUUCUCUUCACCCUCGCUCGAGUUUAAGGAAACGAUCGUCAAUCACAUUAUAGUGCUGCUCCGCUCGAGACAUCUUCCCCUUACCCAGCUGGAAGCGAGCCGGUUAACGAUGAAUGUGCUCCUGCUGGACCAUCGUCCGCUGUACGAUCGCUUCAUCGAGGCCACCGUACAGUGCCAAAUGUUUGAAGCACUGAUAUGGCCCAACUUUGUGAAACGACUCGAGCUGGAGCUGGAUGAAGCAAGGAUGAGCUUUUUGGCCGGGCUGCUGUUGAAAAAAUCGCCGCUCUGUGGAAAUGGGCUGAAGCUGGACGACUGGAACCCAUUCCCGGUGAACGUGGUGUCGAAGGGAAACUUAGAAACUCACAUGAACAAGCUGUUGCUUGCUAGCCCUACGCAAUUGCUUGCCAGUGCUGGAGAUUGCUACCUGAGUGCUUUAAUCGUGUUACCGCAUUUGGCCAACUUUCGGGAGAAAUCCGCCGCAAACAAAGCUAUAUGCGAUUUCAUCAAACACGGUGCACAGUCACUCCGAAACGGCACCGCCGUUACCUCGGAAAAGGUGGUCCAACUCAUCGCAUUAGCCGUGGAAACGGUUGUACACUUGAAGGAAAUGGAUGGCAAAGCUUACUUCGAUCUGCUGGAAUGUUUGCUUCCCGUGGUAACCACGCACGAGUGCUUGCUGCUCAACAGUGUGCACCUGCUGAUCGUGUACAUUACAAAGGAGCACAAAAAUUUGCUCACUUUCGACCGAUUUAAGCGUGUGCAUCGUUUCAUACAUCCACUUACGGCCUCCUACGAUAGCACGGUACGACGGCUGGCCAGCGCUGUAAUGGCUGUGUUUGCCGAGCUUCCCGAGCUAGCCACCGGUAUGGGUCCACUGUACCGUACGCUGGCACAAAUCGAGUGUGUCGAACCGUUGAUACACACCUACCGGGAGCAAGUGGUCCUCUUCCAAAACCUUACCUACGACAGUCACCUGUGCCAGCAGGCGGCCAACGUGGCACGCACCGAAUGGCACGAAACAGUCAUUCGCUACAUGCUGUCGGUGUUUGCCAUCAACUUUAAGCUGCUGUGGGAACCGGCCGGCACGGUCGUGCAGACGUAUGCUGACAAUAUGGUGAAGAAGGAUGAGGACAUGUUUUGGAAGGUGUUCGACACGAUGCUGACGAUGGCCGAAGAGCGUAAGCCACACGAAGAGGAGGCGCAAUGUGCGCGUGAAAAUGGCCAUGAAGCUGGAAAUGACGAUGCACCGGAAGCUACGGGCAACGUAAAUGACAGUGAGGACGAGGAAAUGGAAGGCACGGUGCCGGAUGCCGGACGAUCCCUUUUCCCCAAAGUGAUGGAACAUUUCCCGAAGCGGGCCAACAUUGACUACAUGAAUGUGCGAAUUCAGCAGCUGCGCAUGCUGCACCGCUGUACCAACUUUUGCCGCUCGAAGGGUGAUCGUAUCGUGGAACGGUUCUUCACCUAUCUCGAGCAAGAUAAAUCAAACAAAACCCUCACCGAGCCCACCGAUGGUGAUGCCGUGGAAGAGCACGCAGCACCAUCGUUUACCAAAGCUGUAAAGCGCAAAAGCAGCCAAUCCGCCGGUGCGGGCACACACCAAGUGUUGCUUAGCUAUUUGAGAAUUUGUACCGAGCUGACACCGAAGGUGGUCCGCAAGCAUUCCGACCGUCUGUACGCUACGUACGAAGCGCUCGUCAGCAGCCGUAACGAGGAAAUCCAGAAAGUGGCUUUGACCGGUAUAUUUGCGCUCGGUGGCGCACAACUAACACCGUACAAAGAUUUCAUCAAUCGGCUGACGAGCGAGAAAACGCUUAAGCAGGCGCUACUGUCCGUGUUUGUACCGUCGGAAGAGGAUGACACGGAAGAUGCCGGGUACACCAGCGCCAGCGGACGGACAAAGGUGGCCGAAGAACAUCGGCCGAAGGUCCUUCAGCUGGUGCUGAAAGUGCUGGAUGGAAAAAUUAAGCAAAACCUUGGCAACGGUGGCACGGGCGGACAGCAUAAGGCGACCAUUCUAACGUUUAUCGGGCGCCUGCGGGUAGAAGAGCUUGCACUGCUGCUCGACCGUUGGUUUGAGGUGUAUCUGGGGCUGCUGAAAGACACGCCAACCGAAACCGUGCGCAGCAUAACGGCUGCGCUGGACGAUGGGGCGGAGGUCGUGGCAGUACCGACACCGUUCAAGGUGAAAACUUUGCUUAACUUCCUUGCCGCGCUGCAGACGGAAAUUGCUCCGCUCAAAUCGCCCGCGUUUGCGGCGAAGCUAAUGCAUUUGAAGAUUUGCUUCGACACGCUGCUCAUGCGCAUGGAUCACAGCAUUUACCGGAAGUACAAGAGCCAGGCACAGUUGGCGCUGGUGGAGCUGUUCGAACAGUACGACUCCAGCUACCACUGGACAGAGGACGAGCUGGCCGCCAUCAUGCAGGUACACGUCUGGCCACAGCUGGAGCACCUUCCGAGCGAUAGCAUUCAUUCGCCAACGCCACUCCUCAAGCUUCUGCUUGGCUGGUGUCAAAGCAAACGAUUCUAUACCCUGCUGGAGCGUCGCUGUGACCACGCGGAAGACCAGCGCAUGGAAACGGAUGAAGCGGAACAGCCGCCGCCAAUGACUCCACUCGACGCCGUGAUCCAGCUGUUGCGCGGUUCCCAAACGAGCGCACCGGUUUGCCGACAAAUCUUUACCGCACUCGCGGCCAUGCUGGACAGUGAGGAUCGAAGCACAGCGGAACCAAACGAACCACCGCUGUUCCGCGGCCGCAGCCGUUUGCUGAUACCGUACGUGAAGGAUUUGCUGCAGUACAUUCGGCAGGCGAUCAAGGGCAGGAAGGUGAUUUCGAGCGAUCUGCUGCUCAUCCUGACGCGGCUGGCCGAAUCGGGAAUGAUUGGCAGCGAUCAGAAGGAUGAGGCGCAGAUCGAGAGCGAUCGGGUGUCGUUGCUGAACAUGCUGUUCCCCAUCCUGUCGAGAAAGGUGAGCGAGAUCGGGGGCGAAGGGCAUGCGCAGGUGAGCGAGGACGUGCGAAGGCUGCACGUUGUGAUUGCGCGUCUGCUGAACGACGUAAGGGAGCCGUUGCGCUACCUGAAACAGCUGGCACUGUGUCUGCAGAAUGUGAAAGAUCGCGGUGCGCGUAAAAUUGUGUAUCAAAUAUUCGAAAGCCUUGCCCACCGAUCGGCCGAGAUGCGACUGAUCAACACACUCGUGCACGAGCUGAACGCGAUGGACAAGCGGUGGGUAGAGCAGCCGGAUCACGCCGCCCGAACAGCGGCCUACCGGUCCAUCGAGCACCUGCUCACGACCGAAGCGCCCGAUGGCAAACGAAUGACCGGCAACGUUGCGAUCGUGUUUCUCUCCCAAGCGUUCCACGUGCUACAAUUCGAGAAGGAUUUUUCCGCCCGCCAAAAUGCGACCGAGUACGUGUGCAAGGUUGUCCUGUACCUGGCGUCUGCGAACGAAUGGUCCGCCGAGCUGGACUACUGUCUCGAUCGGAUCGUUCUGCACAGCAUCAUGCAGGGGUUUAAGGUUAAGCGGACGUCUAACGAGCGUCGCAACGAGUCGAUUCAGCUGCUCGGCGAGCUUGCCAGGAUGGUUGGCAAACCGGGCGUAACGACACACCCGCAGUGCCGUGUGUUUGCCGAGCUGUGGCAUUUCACCGGCCAGGGCGAUGGGGCCGAGCGCGACUUUUUCGAGAACGUAACCCACCUGCAAACGUACAAGCAUCGGAAAGCGAUGCGACGGCUUGCGGUCAAGCUGGCGCUCAUGGCCGAAGCGAACCCGGCCGCGACCGUCCGAAGUGUGCUAGGAGCUGGCGGUCCAUCCGCUCGCACAACGGUUAACUUUUUGCUACCGAUAGUGUCGCACUACAUCUGCCACGACGAGUACAGGAAGCUGACGAACCUGGUGGAGGAAGCCGGCAACUGUAUCAUCAAUCUCUGCCGGCUUCUACCCUGGCGCGGGUACCACAUGGUGCUGCACCAGUACUUGCGCAAGCUGAAACAUUCCUGGGAGUAUCAGAAGCAGCUGUUGCGCAUCGUGAUCGGCAUCAUGGAUGCGUUUCAUUUCGAUCUUUCGGCAGCGAUCAAUGCUGGACCGGACGGAGAGAGUGGCCAUGCGCACAAAGGUGCAAACGCUUUGAUGGACAAAAAGCUUACGUUACAGCGCGAUGCGGAUGAAAACGAACCAACAGAAGCAGAAACUGCUCCCGAGCAGGAACAACAAACGAUCGACAAGCAGGAGGGUAAGGCGGAAGACGAUGAUCAAGAGCUGAAAGAAGCCGAGGAGGAGGAAGCAAUGGUCGGGGAAGUCGUUGAAGACGAACCGACGAAAAACGAUCCAGCCGCUGCGCUGCGUGUGGCCCGUGAAAUCGUGCACGACAUAUCGAAGACAAUCAUCCCCAAUCUGCUGUCGUCGUUCAACUUUGCCACCGAAGCGCCGGUGUCGGUGGCGAGCAGCAGCGGUCACGUGGACAGGAAGGCACGCUUUGCAAAGCAGCGGACGGAAAUGCUUAAGCUGCCGAUAGCGAUCGCGAUAGUGAAGCUGUUCAUGAAGCUGCCGCGCAAAGAGAUCGAACUAAAUCUGCCCAAGCUGAUCAUUAAGGUGAUCACGUUCCUGAAGUCCCGCCUAAAGCUGGCCCGCGUGCAGGCAAGAAACACGCUGGCGCACAUCACACUCGAGCUCGGCCCGUCCUACAUUCCGUUCGUGCUGCAGAAUCUGCUCGCAAUGCUAACGCGCGGCUUCCAGCGCCACGUACUAACCUUCACCGUCCACACGAUCAUCGAACGGGCGCAGAAACAUCUCGGCACCGGUUCGGUGCUGGAAAACAUACUGCAAACGGUGGUGCACAUCUGUGCGGAGGACAUCUUCGGCCAGCUGAUUGGGCUGCUGAACGGCACGACGAUCGAGACGGGUUCGCUGCGGAAGAACUCCACGCCGGAAGCGAAAACCACCCGCAAACCGUACAAAACGCUCUACCUCCUUGCCCGGAACGCACAGGAACGCAUGCUGGUGGAUCUGUUUACGCCGUUCCGGGCGAUCCUGAGCAAGUACCGCACGCACCAGACGGUGGCCAAGGUGCACGAUGCGCUGCACCAGAUAGCGGAAGGCAUCGUAGCGAACGAAUCGAUCCGCCCGGAAUCGAUGCUCGUGUUUGUGUACGGGUUGGUGACGGGCCGAAUCUACACUCAAUGUGCAAUCGAAGAAAGCGAUACCGCCGGGGAUGCGGACGAGAAGCAGCAGCAGCAGCAGCAGCAGACAGGGAAGAAGCUGCUAGGAGCGGUGCCGAAACCGGGCAGCAUCUACAUCAUUCCCGAGGAACCGAAACGGUACGGUUCGGCGGCCGGAACCACAACGUUGGACCACAUGCUGGCGAAAGCCGAAGGCAACGAUCCCGCCUUUCUCGAGUGCGGUCUCGAAAUUCUGCUCAGCUUCGUCCGACGCAAACAGUUCGGGAUGCAGCAUGAUUCGGACGAGGGUAAGCUGCUGCUGCAGCUCAUCGACCCACUCGUGCCGACGCUGGUUGAGUCGCUCGAUUCGAAGCACUCGAAAAUUAUUUGCCACUCCAUCAACUGCUUCAGCGCGCUGUGGUCCAGCGAAUGGCCGCUGAAAAGCUUCGAGCAGCAGGAAACGGUCGAACAGAUCGUGAGUGCGAUCUUUGCCAUACUGCACCGUUACAACACGGUUGCGCUCGACAUUAACAAUCCCAAUUUCGGUAUGGUGCGGGCCAGCUUUCGGGCCAUCGUGGCCGUGCUGAAGCAUGGCAAACACUCGUACAGCUUCUCGCCGGAACAGUUGCGCCUGCUGGUGAUGUACAUCGAGCAGGAUCUGGCGGUCGGCGGAGGCCGUCAAACGACGGCAUUUGUGCUGCUGCGAUCGCUGCUCGCACGCCGCUUCACGUUCGAUGAGCUGCACGCGCUGAUGAGCAAACUGUUCGAGCUUUCCGUGCAGUCGGACAGCGACACCGUUCGGGCGGAAUGUCGAGCGAACGUAGUGGACUACAUUAUGAACUUCCCGAUGAGCAAAAAGGUGCCCACCCAUCUGUGGUUCUUUGCCUCGCAGCUGGAGUAUCCCGUACUGCAUGGCAGGGAGUCUGCCUGUUUGGUGCUUAAAAAAUUGUUCCAAAAGCUUCCCAAGUCCACUUUAGUCGAAAACCACGUGGCCAUCUUCCUGGUGCUCGGCCUCCGUUUGACCAACGAUGAUGCCAUCGAAAUCCGGACGCUGGCGGCCGAUUGCAUCGAAGCGCUGCUGAAGCGUCUCGAUUCCAAAGACGCCGGUGCGCUGGUGGUGCUCCUGCGAGAGAUGCUGUGCUCCACGCAGCUCAAGCAACGCGAACUCGCCACCCAACUGUUGCUGCGCAUCGUUCGAAACGAUCCAACGGUCGGCUUCAUCAGCAGCUGGCUAGAUAAGGUGCUUCCCCUGCUGCUACACAACCUGGUCCCGCAAGCAAACGGAACGGCGGACCCGAAUGCCGCGCAAGGAAAAUUCGUAAAGCCACUCGCGCCGAUCAGUACGCUACUGCACGGCGACCCGUGGGCCGACCAUUUGAUCAUACAGACGCUAAACUUCUUCGAAGAGCUGCUGCGUCUGUACCCGGCGAUGGUGAGUGCCGCACCGCAGUACAGCGAUACGGUCGAUUCGCUAGCGUACACUGUCCAAUCGCUGCUGAGCAGCGCUCAUCAGUGGGUGCGUAUCGGUGCCCUCAAGGUGCUGCAUCAAAUCAUGAACGAGCUAGAUUACGACGCCAUCCACGAGCGCAUCAAACACGUUCUGGCGCAGCGCAAAAAGAGACGGCGCAGCAGUGAGGGCGAGCAGGACGAGAUGGAAGCAGACGACGACGGCGGCGGCGGCUGGCUGGACAAUGAAGAGGGCGGUACCGUACCGUCCGGUGUGAAACAAUUCCUUUUCGGCAAUCCAUUGCGUGACUGCAAAACGCUCACGCUAGACCUGUGCGCUCAGCUGACGCCGAACAGUGGUAUGGUCAGUGAAAAUGAUGACGAGGCAGCAGCACUCGUCACGCAGCUCCUUUUCCUGGUAGCGAACGUGCUUCGUGCCGUACCGUUGGAGAAUGAGAAAGUUUCCUCGAAAAAAGUUAACCUUUACUGGCUUGUGCGCCGGGUCCGAUACAUCAUGCAGAGCGAAAUUGUACGAACGCCGCACGUAUUCACGCUGCGAAAGCACGCACUCCACUGGCUGGCGUCGGUGGUCGCGAUCGUGGAGCAGGACACGCUGGUACAGCUGGCACCUUCCCUGCUAAUACCGGCCGUACGUGAACUCACCGCACAGGACGUUGCCGGUACACGGGCAACGAACGAUCCGGCCAAGAUUACGCUCCGCAAGGUGGCGGCCAAGGUGGGUAGGGAAAUUUGCGCCCGGCUGGGCACCGAGCAGUACGACAAGAUCCGUAACGCGAUCGAAGCUUCGCUACGCCGCAAGCGUACCGGGCGCCGGGUGAAGCUGGCCCAGGAAAAGAUUAACCAACCGAUCCUGGCGGCACGCCGCAAGGAGGCCAAAAAGACACGCACCAAGGAGGCGAGAAAGCGCAAGCUGGCGGACCGUGACGAUCCGUUGGACAUUGAUGCGGAGAGCAAGGGCGGCGUAAUACCGGGCAUGAAGCAUCGCGCACCGGCCAAGAAGCGAAGCAAGGUGACGAAAAAUCGACGCAACAUGGAAGCUAUGUUUAGGGAAUGAGCAGCAUGCAUUCCGUUCCAUCGUGCGGUAACGCGCUCAUUUACUAUCGGUCAUAUACGUUUGUCUUAAUGUUAUCAGAAAAUAUACUAUUAACACAAUGUUGAGUGUGUCGUAUCGGCAA